GCUGCGACCUCGACCUUGGCUGAGUAGUGAGCACGGGAGCGCCUGCCACCUCCAGCCCAGGACUGACAGUGUGGGCACAGCAUGGCAGACGUGUCAGAGCGCGGGCUGUACGCUGCAGUGCUGAUCAGCUUCGCCGCCGGAGUGCUGGUCGGCUGGCAGGCGAGCAGACAGCGCAGGAGAUACCUGGACUGGAAGAAGAAGAGGCUGCAGGACAAACUGGUGGAGACGCAGAAGAAGCUAGACCUGUCCUAAUGCUGGAAGCUGGUGCCCUGGCCUGUCUCACCGGUGUAUGCCAAGUGACUGCAGCGCUGACCUACAGAACUUCAAGAAAGGACAAAAGAAGAACUUUCCUGGAGAUGCAGUUUUAUUGUCACAAAUAAACCCUUUUUAUCUUUUGACUUUUGUAAAGAAGACGAAUGUAAUACUUAUAAGUAAAUGCCAUAUUGUUAA